AGAGAGAGAGAGAGAAAGAAAGAGAUAGAUAGAUCGAGAGGGAGAGAAGGAGAGAGACUGAGUGCCAACAUAAGAUUAAGAGAGAGAGAGAACAAGAGAGUGGUAGAAGGAGAAAGAGUGAGAGAAACAGAGAGAGGAAAAGAGAGAGAAAGGGAGAGAGAGAGAAAAAAGAAAAAGAAAGAAAGAUAGAUAGAUUGAGAGGGAGAGAAAGAGAGAGACGGAGUGCUGAGUGUAAGAUUAAAAGAGAAAGAGAAUAAGAGAGUGAUAGAAGGAGAAAGAGUGAGAGAAACAGAGAGGAAGAAAGAAAGUGAAGGAGAGAGAAACAGAAACAGAGGUAGAGAAAGAGAGUGCCAGUGUAAAAGUAAGAGAGAGAGAGAUUAUGAGAGUGGUAGAAGGAGAAAGAGUGAGAGAAAUAGAGAGAGGGAGAGAAGGAGAGAAGAAGAGAGACAGAGUGCCAGUGUAAGAUUAAGAGAGAGAGAGAGAACAAGAGAGUAUAGAAGGAGAAGAAAAAUAGUGAGUGGAAGAGAGAAAGCGAGGGAGAGAGAGAGAGAGAAAAAAGAAAAAGAAAGAGACAGAGAGGUAGAGAGAAAGAGUGCCAGUGUAAGAUUAAGAGAGAGAGAGAAUAAGAGAGUGGUAGAAGGAGAAAGUGGAGAGAGAAACUGAGAGUGGAAGAGAGAUAGAGAGAUUAUGAGAGAGUGGUAGAAGGAGAAAGAGUGAGAGAGAGAGAGAGAGAGAGAGAGAGAGAGAGUGUUGGUAGAGAUGAGGCGAGUGUGUUGGACUGUUCUUCAGUAGGUUCUGAUGGUUCUGUAAGUGGAGAGGUUGAUCUGUGAUUGUGAGGGACAGGGACAGGGCAGUAUAAUGGUUGUGUUUGUUGGACGCUGUGGGACCUGUUGGACGCUGUCUCUGGGUUUUGGACAGAACGUCUCUCUGCUCGUUCUUCUCCUGUAUCUGCUCCAGCUCUGCUGUCCACUGAUCGCCUGGCCCUACGCCUCCGGCUCUCAGGAGGAUAAGUGUCCGGGUCCUGGCUGGAACGCGAUGUGUCGGUCGUGCUGUGAGUACGAGCGAAUCGUCUGUCAGUGUCCGUCUCAGAGAGAUAAGGUGGGUUACGCCGUGCCCUGCUGCCGCAACGACGUCCACCAGUGCGACCCCUGCAUCAUCCACCAGGGCUGCAGUGUGUUUGAUAACUGUAAGAGGUGUAAUAACGGGACGUGGGAGGCGAGGGAUGAUUUCUAUAUCAGUGGGAGUUACUGCAGGGAGUGUCGGCAGGGCUGGUCUGGAGGAAACUGUCUCACUUGUGGAGGAGUAGUGAGGAGGGCUCAGGGUCACGUGGUUCUGGAGAGUUACCCAGUUAAUUCCAGAUGUGACUGGACUCUACACGUCAGCAGUGGACUCACCAUGGAGCUCAGGUUUACGAUGCUCAGCCUGGAAUCUGAUCACAGCUGUCGCUACGAUUACGUGGAGGUCCGAGAUGGAGACAAUCAGAACUCGCCUGUGAUUGGCCGAUACUGUGGGGAUAACAUUCCUGCACCAGUCAGGAGCUCCGGAGACUCCCUGCAUAUUCGCUUUGUAUCCGACGGAUACAACAAUUACGACGGAUUCUCCGCCACGUUUCGGGAAAUUUCAGCCUGCAGUUCAGAUCCCUGCAUGAACGGGGGAAUCUGCUCUCUGGAUCCUGUUAAAGAGUUCCAGUGUUCCUGUAGAGGAGGGUUCAGCGGCUCACGCUGUGAACUCAAUCCUCCCGGAUGUUUAUCUCCUCAGAAACCUGCUCAUGGUGAUUUCUUCCUGCAGUAUGAUGAUGAUGAUGAUGAUAACAGGGAUUUUGCUACCUCAGUUCAGUAUCUCUGCUACAAACCCUAUAAACUCAGCGGCGCCCCCCGCAGGACCUGCCUGCCCAGCGGGACCUGGAGCGGAACAGCACCCACCUGCAUCAGGGAUCCAGGACCAGUUAAGAGGUCCUGCCCCCCCCUGCCGCAGCUCCAGCACGGCUCCUCUCAGCUGCUGGACCCGGAUGGAGAGAAGAUGAGGGUUGAAUACUUCUGCACUCAUCCGUAUGUUCUGAGUGGGAGUUCAGAGAGGAGGUGUCGGCCGGACGGGAGCUGGAGCGGCGCUCAGCCUCGCUGUAUCAGAGCUUGUCGUGAACCAAAAGUUUCAAAACUCGUGCGUCAGAAGGUGAUGAAACCUCAGCCUCCGUCCAGAAAGAGUCCUCUGCACAGACUGUACUCCUCCUCCUCUCUCCUCACCUCCAGCACCGGAGCAGAGGGUGAUGGUGGUGCUCCAGCUGUGGUGACAGAUGUUCCCGCUGGUUUUCACCUGCUCUACACCAGCAUUGAGUACCAGUGCUCCUCUCCCCUCUAUCAGUACUUUGGGAGUACCCGCCGCACCUGCCUGAAGACCGGCAAGUGGAGUGGACGCCAUGUGUCCUGCUCACCAGUGUGCGGUAAACUCUCCUCCAAACCCCAGAACCGGUCUGAAACCCGCUGGCCGUGGCACGCUGCCGUCUACCACCACCUCCCCGCCCCCGCCGGAGACCUCAGCGGCCGGACCAAGAGACGGGGGGACACUUUCUCUGCAGUGGAGGAGGGGGACGCUGAGGAGCCGGGGGUGGAUGAGCAGGUGUGGCAGCUGGUGUGCAGUGGAGCUCUGGUGAGCCAGGUUGGCGUGGUGGUGCCGGCGCACUGCGUGACGGAGCCCGGGCAGACUGUGCCGCUGAGCACCGCCCAGCUGAGGGUAGUGCUGGGAAAACAUCACCUGAGAGACGGCAGGAGGAUCCAACACCUGCAGGUGUCAGAAGUUCUGGUUCAUCCCAACUACGAUCCAGACGUGUUUGAUUCAGAUCUGGCUGUUCUGAAGCUGCUGGAUAAAGCGAAGAUCAGUGAGUUUAUUUCCCCGGUGUGUUUACCCCGCAUGCAGGGGGGGGAGGUUACCGCCCAGCAGGCCUUCAUCACCGGCUGGUCUGCCCCCCACCAGCACCACGGACCCACUGCAGAGCCAGGGUCUCGGGUGGCACAGACUGGUGUGGUGGAGCUGGCUGAUGUGGCACACUGUGAAAGGCAGUACUCUCAACAGGGCAUUCCUGUUAGCAUUAGUGAUAACAUGCUCUGCGGACGGCAGCAUCCCACCAGUCCCUCCACAGUGUGUCCCUCCAGAACCGGGGGCGUGGUUCUUGUACCCGCCGGUACCCGGGCAUCUUCAGGGGCGUCUGUGCCAGCGCCUGUUCAGAGUGAGACAGUCGAGGACGGUGAAUCUGAUCCCGUCUGGGAACUGCUCGGCCUCGUCAGCUUCGGCUACGAUCUGCAGAAAUGUAACCCUGGAUUAUAUACUGUCUACACGCGAGUCACCAACUUCAAAAACUGGAUUGAGAAGAACAUUAAGUGAAGUUUUAUAUUAACUGUAAAUAUUUGGUGUAAUUAGCAGUUCAUGCCAAGAACAGUGCUGGUAAAAUAACUGAAUUUACUGUAAACAUAAAUUAGCUGAAGUGCUAAUUUAUAAUAUAUGACUUAUGAAAGACCAAUUACCAGCUGAAGAAAAAAAUAUUCAUAAAGCAGGUGCUUUGUUCAGUUCCUUUAUAUGUUUUUUUAAUUAUUACAUUAAUAAAAAAAUAAAAACAAAAAACGCAGAAAAAUCCUGAGCCACUUUUGCUAAUACCCCGGCUACCGAGUAUAAUAUGCCAGCUGUCCCAAACUGCAUGUGCUGCAACACCCCGGUUGCUGAGUAUAAUAUAGGAAUGGGAAACCAAGUUCGACCCAAUUCUGCAUAUGACCUGCAAAAAUGUAACCCAGGAUUAUAUAGAGUCCGCAACACCGGCUGCAGAGUGUAAUAUAACAAUCUGACAGUGGGAAUAACGCAGUGAUCAGUCCGAGCUGCAUGUGUGCCAAAGUGCUAGUUUAUGAUUUAUGACUUAUGAAAGACCAAUACCCAGCUGUUUAAGUUUAAGAAAUAAUUAUUCAUAAUGCAGAUGCUUUGUUCAGUUCCUUUAUGUGUCAAAGUGCACUACACAGUGUUUUUAUUUAUUAUUAUAACAUCAAUAAAUUAAAACUGAAAAACUUUUGCUAACACCCCGGCUACCGAGUGUAAUAUGCCAGCUGUCCUAAACUGCAUAUGCCAAUACUCCGGUUGCAGAGAACAGUAUGGAAUUUGGCUCAAGGCGCUUUUGCCAAAACCCCGGUUGCAGAGUAUAAUACAACAAUCUGCCAGUGCCUCUUGAUUCAAACACCCCAGUAACUGAGAAUAAUGCGGUGAUUAGUCCGAACUGCAGGUGCCAACGCCCCAGUUGCUGAGUAUAAUAUAGCAGUGGUUCUCAAACUGUGGUACGUGUACCGCUGGUGGUACAUAAAGCACACCAAGGUGAUACACCACCAAAUAAAGGUUUUUAAUUGAUCAAAAACAAAAGAUUGUACAAGUCAAUGCAUGUGGGUACCAGGGGAUGUCUAAAAUAUUAUAUAACCCAAUCCACAUACGACCUGCAAAAAUGUAAACCUGUAUUAUAUACAAUCUACAACACCGGUUGCAGAGUAUAAUACAACAAUCUGCCAGUGCCUCUUGUUUCAACUCCCGGAGCAUCUGAGUAUAAUGCAGCGAUCAGUCUUAUACCCCGACUGCUGAGUAUAAUAUGUGGAUGGGAAACCCCAUAUCACCAACUUCAAGAACUGGAUUGAGAAGAACAUUAAGUGCAUUAAGUUCUACACCAACUGUAAAGAUGUGACAUAAUUCAUAAUUUGGCAAUUCAUGUCAAGGACAGUGUUGGUAAAAUAACAGAAUUUACAGAAUGAUUUAGAAUAUGAAUUCCGAAGUACUUUUACUUUUAUAUUUUAACUAGUUUUGAAACCAGUACUUUUACACUUUUUCUUAAAGAGUAAAAAGCUUGAUUGUAGUAUUUUAAACCCUAUUUUCUAUACUUCUACCUGAUUAUUGAAUAUCUUAAGCAUUACAACAUUCAGUGUUGGUGGUGAACAACAAUAGGCUCCUGCAUGUUUGUACUGGUGAUUAUUUGUGUAUAACAGAAUCACCAUAGAACAGAACGUUCAGUCAAACAUAUGCAGUCAGUCAUUUAUAAACUCAUUUAGAGUUAUUGAGAUUUACAGGCUUUAGCUUGUUCUGCAGCUCUCUUUCCCACAAGCCCACAUUACACCACUCUACACCACUUAUACACUGUACUGAUUCUGAUUAACGCUGGAGCUUCUGAUACUGAUACUGACUUUAAACUCUGAAUAAAAACUGGAAUAAA